CCCUUCCGCUUGCUGGGGAACCACAGCCAGGGAAAGAACCCUAUAAACCUGCACUCGUCCUGCCGUGCCACUCCAGUCUGCAGUGACAGCCAAAGCAGAGACAAGCAAAGCAGAGCCAAGUAAACCCAGCGGAUUUCUCUUAGCAAGUGGACAAGCUUCUUCCUUGGGGGCCACGCUGGAGAGAGUCUGAAGAAGAAGGGAGUGUGUCUGCAGCCUGUUUCUGGGUUUUUCUUUAGGGUGGAAGGUGUGGAAGAGCCACAGCCGGCUGAUCUUGGAUUGGUACCCAAGGCUCAACUCCACCAGACGCCACCAGCCCACGUCCCCAGAGGCAAAGCUCUUUGCUGCAAGCAUGGACAUCGUGGAGAGGGUCCUCUCCUUGGCCCAGGCCAUCCACAGCCAAUUCGAGCAGGUGAAGUGCUGUAAACACCAGUGCCAGCGCCUCGUGGAGCGCAUCCAGAUCCUGCUGGAGCCCGUGAGGAUCCUCAGGUCUCAGCCACCAAAGCACAUCUCCUGCCACGAAGAGGAGCUGUUGAAAAAGCUGCUCCGGGUGCUGGGGGAAGCUCAGAAGCUGGUGAUGAAAUACAGCCAGACCAGCUGGAUACAGAAGUUCCUGAGAGCCCACAGCACCAGCGAGGAGUUCAUCUGGGUGAACGAGAGCCUGGAGGACAUCGCCCAGGGGCUCUCGCUCCUGCUGCAGGCAGAGCAGAAACAAGCUUUCCUGGAGGCUUUCCAGGCAAAGACCUGUCGCAGGCAGGAUGCUGAGGACCUGAGGGACGACAGGGCUUUCUUAAGCCAGGUGAUCGCAAGUACUGAGAAGCCCAAAGAUGUGGCUGGGGAGAUCUACAUUGACAGGGAAUGCAUGGAGAGCAAGGUGGACUGGAUGCAAAGCGAGCUGAACAAAAUUGUGCGCGUGAUGGAGUGCUUGAAGAAAGUCAACGUUGAUAAAAGAGAAGAUAUCACUGAGAUCGAGCGGGACCACCUCACUUUCUACAGACAUCUGCAGGACACCGAGAGCUAUGACCUCUACGAGGGCGAGUACCUCAAGUACCCCGUUGCCAUCAAAACCUUCAAGAGGCCGCUGACCACUGACCCAGCGAAGGUGAGAGACAUCUUUGAGAAGGAGAUUCAGACCCUGAAGAAGUUUGAGUCUCCAAACAUUCUGCGCAUGUAUGGGAUCUGCAUUGAGGAGAAAGAUGGGAGCCCCUGCUUCUCCAUCGUCAUGGAGUACUGCAAGCAUGGAACGCUGCGGGAUGUGCUGACCAAGCAACAGCAUCUCUCCUGGGACAUCCGCAUUCGGAUGGCCCUGGGAGCUGCCAGAGGCCUUUACAGGUUACACCAGACAGAGGAGAAGUCCCGACUCCACGGCUGCAUCUGCAGUAGCAAGUUCCUCGUAGCCGGGGAUUACUGUGUGAAGCUGUCGGGAUUUGAGCUGUGUGAAACGGAGUCAUCCAUCAAGAGGAAAGCCAAGAAAAACUGGAAACAAGUCUCUAUGCUGGCUUAUAUUGCUCCUGAGAACCUGAAAGACAUCAACUACCCCUACAAGAGACCCUGUGAAAUAUACAGCUUCGGGAUUGUGCUGUGGGAGAUUGCGACCUCCAAAAUCCCAUUUGAAGGCUGCACUCCCCAGGAGAUCACGGAGAAAAUCUGCAGCCACCAUUACCAGGACCCUGUCGGGCGAGAUUGUCCUGCAGAGCUGCGGGAAGUCAUCGACCAGUGCCGGGCCUUCGACCCUUCCCAGCGCCCUUCUGCCGAGGAGAUUGUGGACUUGCUGUCCGACCUGGAGAAAAGCAGGAACCAAGGCAGUUAACCGUGGAAAGCAGGGCCGGGUGACCGAGAGCAGCCAAGGGCAGCCACCCAAGGGAAACCAGCGGGCCUUCGCCACAGGACUAAGAGUUCGGCUCACCCCUCUCCCCUGCCUCGCAGAGACUGAUGGUUCAAUACAUGUUAAUUUGUUCCCGUGUG